CUGAAAAUCUUCGGACUGAUCUAAUUCGACCCAUUUAGUUUUGGUGGUGUAAAUCUCAAGCCUUUGAUACCUUUAUAGGACGGCGCCUUCAAGGCAUAUCAUUUCAAAUUCAUAUUUCAGUUAUGCUUCCAUGAUUUUCUCUGGAUUUUGUGAGCGUUUCGAUUAGCCUCAAACAUUGUUUUCCAUCGCGGAGAGAUUUGGAACAGCAGUAGAAAGUUGCAGCAAAUUAGGGCUAGUGCGAAGCAAGAGUUUCUUUGAUGAACAAGCGGUGACAGCCCUUGCUGUGUCGACCUGGGGACACUGAGGAAUGGGAUGUGAGAAGAGUUCGUGUCAUUUUUUGUAACCACUUCAUCCUCUCCUUCAGCAGCGCCAUGUUGGCUGUAAGUGACUUUGACCUAUCCCUGGGUCUAACAGUCAUCCUCACUGCGGUAGUCACCGUACUCAUUGGCUACGUCCUAUCAAAGAACUUCUCCACCCGUCUUCCCCCGGGUCCUUGGGGGUUGCCCUACCUUGGCUAUUGGCCGUGGUUGUCCCAUGAUUGGCACCUGGACUUUACGAAGAUCGGCGAGAAAUAUGGCGAUAUAUUCACGGUCUAUCUUUUUAACAACCCAUUGGUAAUUCUCAACGGAACGAAGUCAAUGCAGGAAGCUUUCUACAAGAACCCGAAUGCUUGGGCAGGAAGGCCAUACUCUCAUGGUUUUGAUCUUUUUGAACUUAACCCAGAGAACCUGUUUAAAGAUGACUUCACUGUUAAGUUCAAAGCCAGAAGGAAAUUCGGCAUGGCGAACUUGAAAAAGUUUGGAUACGGUCUGCCAGGCUUUCAAGAAAACAUAGAAGGGUUGAUAGACUCAACUGCUGCGGCGUUCAACAGCCACAAGGGCAUGCCAUUUUUCUUUAGAGAUGAAUUAUGGAUUUAUGGGGCACAAGCACUUCCGUCUGUCCUCUUCGGUCGCAGGUACAAGCCGAAUGAUAAAGGAUUCAACCAGGUCUUGGAUGACACGGAAAUAUGGUUUGCCGAGUUAAGGCCAGUCUGUGAAGCUGAUGUCAUCCCAAUCUUACGCUUCUUUCCUCGGAAGUGCGUCGCGAAAAGCGUCCCAGCAGUCAGACGGAUGCUCAAGUGGUUCACCGCCUCGAUAGAAGAACGCCGAGCUGAAUUUGAUCCGGACAAUCCGUGCUGCUUUGUCGACAUUUGCAUCCUAAACAAGCAGGACAAUGAUGAAAUCCUCAACUUCAUCAUGUCAUUCUGGGGGGACGGGACGGACACGAUAGUUGGGACCAUUCGUUGGUGGAUCUACUUCAUGGCACAUUACCCAGAGUUCCAAGCAAAGGCUCAACAUGAAAUCGAAGAUGCUAUAGGAGGGCGCCGACCGCUGCAGAGCGAUAAGAAAGAUUUACAGUUUUUAGAAGCUACGUUUAUGGAGACGAUUCGGAUCACGACCCCUGUUCCUACGUCACUUCUCUUAAAAACGAAAGAAGAUGUUGAAAUCUUAGGUUACAUGAUCCCAAAAGAUACUGCCUACUUUGCCAACUGGGAUAACAUGCACAAGGACCCCGAGGUGUUUGAGAAUCCUGAUGACUUCAACCCUGAGCGAUUCAUGCUGAAAGAUGGAACAUGCGACAGUAAGAAUAAGGGAUGGGCAGGUUUUGCCAUUGGGAAACGAAGCUGCAUGGGAGAGCCGUUGGCGAGACAAGUUAUAUUCCUCUUCCUCGCAAACUUGCUUCAACAAUUCACCUUCAGCUUCCCAGAGAAUGAGGUCCCAUCGAAAAACUUCGCCGACCUUGCCAUGCCUGGUGAGGGGGUCGUCAACAUGCCGGUCGACUUCAAGAUAAUCGCGACACCGAGAGCGACUUCAUAAGAGACUUAGUAGGCCGGUGCAAACGCUAUGAAAUUUAUCUUGGUCGUCACCAACAGCAGAUCUAGAUCUGUCAAAUGGCGAAAAAUAUGUAUGUUGUGUAUCAACUGUCAUGAACAAAAAGGUGAUUCUUGUGGCUGUGAGCAUGCUCUUUCGCCAAUAGCCUACGGGAUGCCGGGUCGGGGUCCCGCUGACAAUCAUACAUAUAUUCACGAUAUUUUCUGAUUGCUUUGAUGUAGAUGCUGCUGUUAAGGGGUAGAAUUUCUGCUCAUGAAUUUUGCAAGUCGGAAAUCUACAAUAUAAAAUAAAAUAAAGAAGAUUGUUUGCUAACGUAUUCCAAGUAUCAAUUUUGGGUCAGUAUCGACGUAAUACAUGCAAGUAUAUAUCGAGGUCUUUAGAUCCGUGAUGAUAAAUAAAGAAUUGCUACUUUUAAA